AAGUAGGUGUUUUCAUUUCAACAGGUGCAAAUUGACAAACUACAUGAAUGGCUAUUAUUUCGUCAACUGGUACCUUGUGCUGUUCAUAAGAGAAGCAAAAGUAUGCUUUAUUUGAAAUUUACACCCCUAAUUAUCGGCGAUAUUCUUUGCAGCGAGCGGCAUUAUUUUGUCUCAAGACCUUGACUGCUGCUGGUUCGGUCCAAGGUGUUUUGGCUUUUUGACAGCAGUCUGAAACUGAAACCGAUAAAGCAAGGUUUCCCUUUCAGAAGAUACGUGGUACUUCACCGAAAGUGUCUACUGGCCUGGCCUUAGUAUGUAUAAAGGUUACAGUUAAUAAAGGAGAAGCCAUAUUUUCGUGUAUGGGCUCUUGUUGUAUUGAAAAGAUACAAUAUGGGCGAAAGAAAACAAUACCUUUUCAAAGUAAUAAUAAUUGGGGAUUCUGGAGUUGGCAAAACUUGUAUGCUGUCAAGAUUUGCCGGUGAAGACGUAACAAAAUCCCAUAUCUCCACAAUUGGUAUUGAUUUCAAAAUAAGAAUUAUUCAUAUCAAUGAUGAUAAAGUAAAGCUACAAAUUUGGGAUACUGCAGGACAAGAGCGCUAUGAAACAAUUACAACCCAAUACUACAGGAGAGCACAUGGUGUCAUAUUGGUGUAUGAUAUAAGCAGUCGCCAUUCGUUUGACAAUAUGAGAAAAUGGCUAAAGUAUGUAGAUGAGUAUGCUAGCAGCAAUGUAAAGAUGAUCAUUGUUGGAAACAAAUGUGAUUUGGAGGUCCAGAGACAAGUAACGCCAGAAGAGGGACAGAAGCUUGCAAGUCAAUACGAGGUUCCUUUUUAUGAAACCAGUGCAUAUGCUUAUGUAAACAUUGACGAGGCAUUUUCCAGAAUAGCCAAGCAGAUCUAUGAGGGUAGGAUUGUUGAAGAAAGGAAGGAAUUUUCAGAUGGCGAGCUGAAAUCGACGAUUCCCCUUGACGAGAAGAAACCGAGACAGUCUUGUUCUUGCUAGCAGAAAGAUGUCAGCCCUGCAUAUGCGAAUAUUUCGGCUGUUAUCUGGCAUUUUUCUCACAACAUAAUAUAACUGGGGAUGAUAAUGGUGCCGCUAUGACAUUUAAUCCUUAGAAAACUCAAAGUUUCAGUGUCACUACAAUGAGACCCAUGGUAUCGGCCCGCUUGUGAACUUAUUAUCUCGAAAAAAAGUUCGUCGAAAGCUUAUCGUAUCUUUAGCAGCUUACAUUUGGUCGAGUUUCCUCGAAUAUUCUUGGAACAGGUGUAAGCCUACCUAAUAAACUCACGGGACACGGGCGGUACCUGAUAUAAAUAGAUUUAUUGAUUAGGUCUGCGUCCAAAACUGAUUGAAUGCCACCAUGUAACCUUUCUGGACAGGAAAAUUAAGCACCUUGAAAUAAGCUUUAGGUCGCUUACAGUUUCAAUUCAUAUGUUUUUCUAGCAAUCAUCUGCUAGGCUUAGCAUUCUAAUAUUGUUCUUAAGGUAUUUUUUGGAUUAGUAAUGUCGUGAACUGAAUUUAUUCCCAGUUACUCUAAAGUUCAUUUAGUCCCUUUAACGUCAUACAGUGAUUACCUUUCAAAUGAAAGUUCUAUUUCAACAGUCAGCUUUUGUCUUUCAAGGUAUUUAGUCAAUAUCAUGCUUAAAUUUUGUAUUGCGCAAGUAGCUUGAAAUUUGAUGUCCUGUUGUUUAAGACAGAUAAUGAGAGUUGCACGACCUGAAGUUUCCCAGGUGCGACUCUACCUAAACUUUUUCACACCUUUUAAUGUGGAUAUAGUUCCAAUGUCUUAAAACUGUUUUCGAUAGAUGUAUAAAGACAUUAUUAGUCUGAAGGCAAAGGAACUUUAGUUUAAAUUUGUAACAGAAAAAUCCAAACAAGUUAUAAGGAACAAAUUUGGUUAAAAACUAACAAUAACGAUUUUAGUGUUGCUUGAUGUAAAUGAGAAUAUUUCGUUUUGCAGUGCUUUUGAGUUUUUUUAGUUUUAUUUAUUCUAAACGUCACGGAAUUUAGAGAGUUGAGACGUUGAUGGUUUGUAAAAUUGUUGCCCUAAUUAUUUCAUUCGUUACAUGAAAAAGAAAAAGUAGAUUAAUUAUUGUUAAAAGCUUUUAUUUGUAAAGGGAAAAAGGAUAUUCAGAUUUUAAUAUAUGUUUGACUAAUAUAAUUUAUUGACUAAGACUGUAAAGCGUGUGUAGUGCAAGACAUGUUCCAUCACUGUCAAAGUGUUGUCUCUUUUUGUUUUUGAAUUCCUAUGAUGCACAUUUGAGUAUCAAAUGUCAUCAUGCGACUUGGUAAAGGGAGGGAUGCUUGAAAAUAGAGCGUAAAUGAUGAAUAAUUUAUGAACGAAGUCCAUAAAGUCUGUUGCAGGGCUAAAAGUCAAGUAAGGAACAUGGACAAUAUUAAAUGGCAAAAAAUUACCGGCUGCCUUCCAUGCAAAACUGUUAAUUGGUUUGUAAAAUUAGGCAGCAUUUGUAAGUUCUAUCGUUACUGUGACUGUAGCAAGAAAGAAGCAUAGAUAAUAAAAUUUACACAUUAGCAUCAUUUCCG